CCCUACGAUGAGGCUCCUCCUGGCACUGCUGCUUCUGGCUGCCCUGUGUGCUGCCCUGGCCCAGGCCCUGCACUGCCACGUGUGCUGCGGCCACGAGCACUGCGAGUCUCUGGUGGAGUGUGCCCCGACUGACAAGUACUGUGUGAUCACACGGGCCACCAGCCCCGGCGGCAUCCUGGUCAUGAAGUCCUGCGCCCCGACGUGCCCCAACAGCACCGUGUCCUCCGACGGCCGCGCCCUCUCGGUGUCCUGCUGCCAGGGCAGCCAGUGCAACCGCAGUGCAGCCUCAGGCCUGGGGGGCAGCCCCGGGGCCCUGUGGGCAGGCACCGCAGCCAGCCUGCUGUGGGCCCUGCUCCGGGCGCCCUGCUGAGGCCCUGGCCUGGAGUUCUCCGCACGGCCCCCGCAGCCCUGCCAGCCCCCACACACCCCACCCGAGGCAGCAGGGUCCCGUCUCCGCGGCCACGCCCCUCCCUCCCUUGCCCAGGCCACACCGAGCCCCUCCCUGGCCCUGGGGAGAGAUAAAGGGUCUCACCCCCGAGGGCUCCAGCCCCAUUGAGGGAGCUCCGCCCCUGCCUCAGGGAGUCGCUGGUGGGUGCCCCAGAGGAGAUGCCCGCUGCAAGACCCACACCUGCAGGAGACCCUCGGCCGUUUGCUGGGGUCCUGGGAACCCUGGCCAGCCACGAGUGGGAAGAGCCCCCAGUUCUCUCCAGCACCGUCUAUCACUGUUUCAGAGGCCAGGGGCGGAGGGCCUGGAGCCGGGGAUUUCUCCUCUCCCACGCCUGGCCUGACAGAGCGCCGCGCGUGUCAGACCCCUCGGCCUCCUCUUCUGCCCACAGUGGCCCCAGAAGAAAGGACACGGCUCAGGGCUUUGGGCGUGCGUGCCUCCGACUCUGUCCUCCCGGCCAGCCGCCCAGCUCCCCCGUCCCUCCUUCCCUCCCCCGCUCCCUCCAUCACAAACCUGCCCGGGGCGCCCUUGCAGCAGGUACCCUGAGGAGGGACCUGUCUCCAGGACUCUCACUGGGGGCUCAGUAUGCUGGUCAGUGUCUCCACCCCGGGGACCCUUCUCAGCCCCAUCCAGGUGAACACUGACCUCUUAAAUGGUCCCCUGGCUGCCCACUGUGGGGGUGGGGAGUCACCUUGGGGUUCAGUGUCAGGCACUAGAAUUGGGGGUGUCCAUUUUCACUGGGUGUG